CAGAACUUUUUCUGCUCCCUAUUUAAAGGGGGGAGAGAGUCCCAAGUUCUUCGCCCUCACUUGCUACGCGGAUCCUGUCUCGGUAAUUGGAUUCUAACAAUCCUAUCAAGAUGACGGUCGGAGCUGGGAUUUCCGUCGCUGAUGGGAAUUUGAGCGUUCUUGGCACCCAAAUCUUGACCGAUGUCCGCGACAACAUCUCAUUGACCCCAGCGAGAGGCGACGGAAUGAUGACCGGCGCUUUCAUCGGGGUCAGUUCCGAUCGCAAUGUCUUCCCCAUUGGAAAGCUUCAGGGUUUAAGAUUCAUGUGCACUUUCCGGUUUAAGCUAUGGUGGAUGACACAGAGAAUGGGUUCAUCUGGGAAAGAUAUCCCUUUUGAGACCCAAUUUCUUAUCAUAGAGGGAAACAAUGGAUCUCACUUUAGUGAGGAGAAUUUGAAUGGAUCAGAGCAAUCAGUUGUUUAUACUGUGUUCUUACCAAUUCUUGAGGGUUCGUUUAGAGCUGUUCUUCAGGGCAAUGAGAAUGAUGAACUAGAAAUCUGUUUGGAAAGUGGUGAUCCUUCUGUUGACAGAUUUGAAGGAAAUCAUUUGGUCUUUGUGGCUGCUGGGCCUAACCCUUUUGAUGUCAUCACAGAUGCAGUAAAGUCUGUUGAAAGACAUCUGCAGACAUUUACUCAUCGGGAGAAGAAGAAGAUGCCAGAUAUGUUGAACUGGUUUGGCUGGUGCACAUGGGAUGCAUUUUACACUAAUGUCACUGCUGAAGGAGUUAAGCAAGGAUUGGAAAGCUUAGAAAACGGUGGAAGUCCUCCAAAAUUUGUCAUAAUUGAUGAUGGUUGGCAAUCAGUCAGUAUGGAUUCCACUGGUAUUGCCAAUGAAGCUGAUAAUGCUGCAAACUUCGCUAAUAGGUUAACUAACAUCAAGGAAAACCACAAAUUUCAGAAGAACGGCAAGGAGGGUCAUCGUGAAGAAGAUCCAUCCAAGGGUAUUGCCCACAUAGUCACAGAGAUCAAAGAAAAACAUGAUAUCAAAUAUGUUUAUGUUUGGCAUGCGAUAACUGGCUACUGGGGUGGAGUAAGACCGGACAUUUCAGGAAUGGAACAUUACGAAGCUAAAAUCUCUUUUCCAGUUUCAUCGCCAGGUGUUAAAUCAAAUGAGCACUGUGAUUGUCUCAAUAGCAUAACUACAAAUGGGCUUGGGCUAGUAAAUCCUGAAAAAGUGUUUAAUUUCUACGAUGAACUUCAUUCUUAUCUUGCUUCUGCUGGGAUUGAUGGAGUGAAAGUCGAUGUUCAGAACAUCCUAGAAACUCUUGGAGCUGGCCAUGGUGGAAGGGUGAAACUAGCUAGGAAAUAUCACCAAGCUUUAGAGGCUUCAAUUGCUAGGAAUUUUCCGGAUAAUGGGAUUAUUUCUUGCAUGAGCCAUAAUACUGAUGGCUUGUACAGUGCGAAAAAGACAGCAGUUAUAAGGGCAUCUGAUGAUUUCUGGCCUAGAGAUCCUGCUUCUCAUACAAUUCAUAUUGCUUCAGUUGCGUAUAAUACUGUUUUCCUUGGAGAAUUUAUGCAACCUGAUUGGGAUAUGUUUCAUAGUCUCCACCCUAUGGCUGAAUACCAUGGAGCUGCUCGAGCUGUUGGUGGCUGUGCUAUUUAUGUCAGUGAUAAACCGGGUUACCAUGACUUUAAUCUGCUGAAAAAGCUCGUACUUCCUGACGGAUCAAUAUUGAGGGCCAAAUUGCCUGGAAGACCAACAAGAGAUUGCUUAUUUUCAGAUCCAGCUCGUGAUGGGAAAAGUCUUCUUAAAAUAUGGAAUUUGAAUGACUAUUGUGGAGUUAUUGGUGUAUUUAAUUGCCAAGGAGCUGGCUGGUGUCGAGUUGGAAAGAAGAACUUGAUUCAUGAUCAACAACCUGGAACCGUUACAGGUUUGGUCCGAGCAAAGGAUGUAGAUUACAUUCAGAGAGUAGCAGAACAAGGUUGGAAUGGGAAUUCAAUCAUAUAUUCCCACUUAAAAGGAGAGGUUAUUUUUCUUCCAAAGGAUGCAGUUUUGCCUGUAACACUGAAAUCUCGGGAGUAUGAAGUCUUCACGGUGGUUCCGGUUAAGGAAUUAUCUAAUGGAACUUCUUUUGCUCCGAUUGGACUGAUCAAGAUGUUCAACUCUGGUGGAGCGAUCAAGGAGGUGAAAUGUGAAUCUGAGAAAGCUGCAACAAUAGAUGUUAAGGUUUGUGGCGUUGGUACAUUUGGUGCAUAUUCAUCAGCUAGACCGAAGAGAAUUAGAGUUGAAGAGGAGGAUGUUGAGUUUGGAUAUGAGGAUGGGUGUGGUAUGGUUACAUUUGAUCUGGGCAUUCCACAGGGGAGCUUACACCAGCGGAAUAUAAGCAUUGAAGUAUGAGAUGCUGGAGUUAUGUCUUUAGUGGUUUACUAAGUUGUCAUCAAUUGUUACUAAACAUGUAGUAGAUCAUAUGAAACUUGUAUCCUGUCCUUCAUAGGGAUUAUUGUCCGUCUCAUAAUAACAAGGGCAACUGUUCUCUCAUAUCUGAAAGGAGAGUUUAGAGA